AUGCUCGAUUGGACCCGUCUGGGCGGACUACCAGGCGGCAAGAUCUUUGGGGGCGUGGAAUCCUGGGUGGAUACCUCGAAGGCGGCAGGUUGCACAAGUCAGGUUGAGCAGUUGGGCUUGGAGAACACGAUUAGGCAGAUUGUUACCUUGAAGUACUUCUUCUACUCUCCCAACUUGGUCUGGUUCAUCCUGGCUUUCGUGAUUUAUGCCGUGGCCCCUUACGACAUUCCAGCGGCCAGAACUUGGUCCUGGAGUUGGAUUCUGCCAAGGCUUUUCUUGAACUUUGCGGUUGCUUUUGCCUACUAUGGCUUCUUCUACUUCGGCCUUUACAUCAGCCACUGGUCCAGCAGGAAGUUUUCCCCAGAGAAGUUUCCUACUGCGGGCAAUAUGGCGCACAACCUAUACUAUUGGUCGCUGGGUGUGCUGCAGUGGACACUUUUGGAGGCCCUGAUGCUUCGUUUGUGGGCCAUCGGCAAGGUGCCUUAUGCCACGGCUGGGGAAGUCUUCUCUAGUCCUGCCCUGCUGUCCUUGAAUGUUUUCUGGGUGAUGGUUAUGCCACUGUGGCGGGAUUUGCAUUUCUACAUUGCGCAUCGCUUCAUCCACAUCCGUGCGAUCUACAAGUAUGUACACAGCUUGCACCACCGAAAUGCAGAUCCCGAACCGUUCUCAGGGCUCACCAUGCACCCGAUAGAGCACUUGUACUACUACUCCAAUGCCUUCUUCCCUGCCCUGUAUCUGUCGGGGCUGUCUCCGUUUGUUUUCUAUUGGUGUUUCUUCCACCUGGCAAUUGCCCCAGCUGCCGGACACAGCGGCUGGGAGGAUCAUUUCCAGUCGGAUCAGUACCACUACUGCCAUCACGCCAAGUUCGAGUGCAACUACGGCUCUCCGAUGAGUGGCUUUAUCGACCAAUGGUGCGGCACCUUCCGGGAGAAGUUGGGAGAGUCCAAGGAGUACAAGGGACAGUACAGAGAUGAGAAUAACAACAUCAACACCAAGACUUGGGCCGCGGAGUCUUACCUGGGCAUGCCGAAGGACGUGUACCAUGGCACUUACACACUUUUCUGGGCUGCCAUGGCGCCUUUGAUUGCUUGGGCCACGGCCCACCCAGCCCAUCAGGCCGUUUCUCAGCUCACAGGCUUCGUCGUGGCCUUUGGCCCAGUGCUCUUGGCCUUGGCCCUUUGUCAUCUUUCUGGUGACAAGCUGAGCUGGCGCUGGCCUUUUCAGAAGGAGCGGGUCAUCGGACAGUUUGGGCUUUUCUUGACCCUUGGCUUCGUUGCCGUGUUGCUCCCAACUUAUCAUGCUGUUUCCUGGAGUGACUUCUCAGGACGAAGCGCGUUCGAGACGCCGAGGGAUGGAAUCCAAGGUCAGCACGCCAUCGAUGCUGAGGAUGCGAGGACCCAUGAGAUGGACAAGCCGGUGGCAGCUUCAGUGCCUCAGACUCAGUGUUGCGACGUUUGGAACGAUUCCUUUGCAACCAUCAAGACCAACGCUGCUGCCGCUGCACAGGCGAGGCAGAACCCGGUCUUGGCAGACAGCAGGCUGGAUGACGCAGAGACCGAGUCCAUUCUGAACACUGUGAAGGUGUUUUGCCCUGUCAAGCUCGCGCCUAUUCGUCGUAGCAGCUUCUUCAGCCCUGCCACCCUGCAGUUUUUCAAGUUCGACAAGGGCACGUCCAUUAUCCAGGAGGGCCGUCUUGGAACAACGUUCUUUGUGACGCAGACAGGAUCGAUGGAAGUAAGCGUGAAGGGCAUCACCUGCAACACCAUCGGUGCAGGCUGUGCCUUCGGUGGCCUGGCGCUGCUGUACAACUGUCCAAGGACGGCGACCGUCAAGGCCACAGCGGAUAGCGAGGCCGAAACCCUCAAGUUUUUGGAUUCCAUGAGCAUCUUCGAGGGCCUCACCAAGAAGCAGAAGACCUGCGUGGCAGAGGCGACCUUCUCAGAAGUCUUCGAAGACAAGGCGGCGAACGAAGCCACAGAUGACCAGUGCUUGCUGGCUCGGCCGCCGACAAGAACGGACACUCUGGAAGAGGAAACGGACACUCUGGAAGAGGAACUGGAAGAGGAGGAAGAUCUUCACUACCAAGGUGGGGCCAGCUCGGACUACAUGAAGAGGUGGGAAGGUAAGUGGGAGAAGCAGGAGCCACUGCAUCGGCUUUCUCACUUCGUUGCUUUGGCAGUCAGAGCGGCGCGAGAUCCCUCCAGCAUGAAACUUAUCCCCACUCUUCUCUCUCACUUCUGGUCCUGGCGCUCCGGUGACCCAAAGGAAGGUCUGGUUGCAACAACCUUUCAGUGGACCCAACGCAACGUCCCAAUUGGUGGCGUCGCUGUAAAUAUCAGUUCGCAUAUGACCGCAGUGAAAACCUGGCUGGAGAAGUAUUUAGACUAUGAAGCCCCCUUCUACAAGAUCAAAGAGGCCAGAGCUGAGGCCGAGACGGCUCUGCGAGACAUCAAGGAACACCCGGAAAUUUCGGAAAGGGCUCUAAGCAUUGCGAACUACCUCUUGGCCGCGACAAGUCUCAUGGUGAUGUGGAGAGAGGAAUACAACCUCCUCGAAAAAAAGACAGUGCGUGUCAACAUGGAAGGCGCCUACACAGAGAUCAGAGAAACUCUGAAGGACCUUGUAGACGUCUUCUGGAUUUACCGAUGGGGCUUCGUCCUGAUGCGUGUGUACCCUGACAGGUUGAUUUGGUUUGACCAAUUCCUCAAGGUGAAGCGGAAGUACAGCGUUAACCACAAGUACUCUUCCAAGUUCCAGCAUGUGCUCACACAGGUCCUCAAGCGGGAGAUCUUCGUGAACGAGCUGGCGCCCAUGCUCAAGAGCUUCACGACGCUGCACCGGCUCAUCCCGGGCCGUGAGGAGGAGCCCCCAGAGUCCGAGCCCUUCUUCCCCGAGAAGAUCUAUUUGGGCCCCUACUCCGGCUUCAUGAUGGGCACCAAGGCUUCGAUGAAGGACCAAGAGAAUGUGGAACGGUUCCUCUACCCGAGCGAGACCGAGACCUCUGGCGGCUCCAUUUGGAUGGCCGGGGGCCGCACGGGC